AUGAUGGAUAACCAAUGUCAGUGCAGCAGCGACAGACUGUUAAAUCCCAUCCUCUUUAACAUUCUCAGCCAAUUGGAUAACAGCUGCCCGAGUCCGCACGACUAUAAUUCAAUACCUCAUCGAUGCAAUUGUGAGCUGCGGCGAACGGUGAGCUUGAAAAGGCCGUCGGAAAUUUGCAAGGAGGCUUCAGCCGUUCUGGUCAAAACUGUUUAUUUCAUGAAGAACCUACCUGCUUUCAACCAGCUUCCACCUAAUGACCAGUUCAUGCUCCUUAAAAACUGUUGGGCGCCCCUCUUCAUCCUUGGCCUUGCGCAGGAGCACGUGGACUUUGAGGUGGAAGACGUCCCGGCUGACAGCAUGCUGAAGAAGAUUCUUCUGCGACAAGAGGGGGGGACGGAGAUGGAGCAGCCCACCAUGGCUGGCGUCAGCAAACUCAAGUCCUGCCUCAAAAAGUUCUGGAGCUUAGACUUGAGUCCAAAGGAGUAUGCGUACCUUAAAGGGACGACAAUAUUUAAUCCAGACAUCCCAGAUCUAAAUGCAUCUCUGUUUAUCGAGGGCUUGCAACAAGAGGCACAGCAAGCUCUGAGCGAGGUGGUCCGACUGCUUCACCCCACACGACAGGAGCGUUUCGCCCGCAUCCUUCUCACGGCAUCAAUGCUACAAAGCAUCACGCCCAGUCUGAUCAUCGAGCUCUUAUUCCGGCCUAUAAUUGGCCAUGCUGACCUGUUUGAAGUUCUGGUGGACAUGCUCUUCUGCAGGUAG